AUGGCCCCUGUACCCCUUUCUCCAGUCAAGGUUGGGCACAUUGAUGAUGUCCAGGAACUAAGAAACGCUAAGCCAACUACAAUUCCAGAAAGAUUUGUAAGGGACAUGACAGAGAGGCGAACACUAGCCACAGCUCUAUCAUCAACUAGUGUUUUGGUCUCCAUGAUUGUACCUUCUAUACUUGCAUGGGGAUACUGUACCGACGAAGGCACGGCCGCAGUCGAAGCUGAAGUCGGAGCCCCUACAGGCAUCGUAGCUAUGAAGAGCGCUCUCAUGGGGGACGUGGUUCUAGCAAAAACGGGACAGACGAAGCCUGAAGAGACACCUAAGAAGGUUGAAUCAAGCAAGAAGAGACCUUCUGAAUCCGCAACUAAAACUCCAGUCCCUACUAAAAAUGCAAAAGCAGCUGCUACUCAAAAAACUGAUGGUAAGAAGGUCGGUGGUCAUACAGAGACUCCACAUCCUUCCAAGAAGGGUGCAAAGACUCCUGCAACUAGUGAGCAAUCUAAGCAGAAGUCCCCAAAAUCUGGUGGUUCAUUCUCUUGCCAGACCUGCAGCAAGACUUUCGGCUCUGAAGUUGGUCUUCAGACUUCAGUCCCACACAAAGGCCAAGCAUGCUGGCGAUUAGUGACUGGGCUAUCACAACAUUUGCUGCUGUGGCAUGAUCUGGAUUUUCCUGGAAAUGGAUUCAUAGAGAGCUAGGGGUUAUUAGAUUUUGGCACCAUACAUGAAAGAGGGUUCUAGUUGAAUGUCCUGUUUUUGGAGUUUGUCUUUCCGAAUUUAGUUCUCUCAUAUUUUUGGAUAACGUAAAACGAGGUUAUUUUUAU